CGCCGAGCGCGCCCAUUGGCUGCCGCUCGCGCGUCACCUCCGCAAGCUGUCUGCUUAUUGGUUCACUAAGUUGUCAAUCAUUACAACGCGUUGCUAUUGGUCAGAAGGCUGGUCGAGCCCCGCCCCGCGGGCGGCCGCCGCCCGCCUUGGCUCAGCGGGAGCGGGUGGGGCCGACCAUGGCGGCGGUGGCGGCGGGGGGCCGGGGCAGCGGCAGCGGGGACGGGGACGGGGAUGUCCCCGCCGCCACCCGCCUGCAGGCCUACGCCUGGUGCCGCGAGUUCCUGGCCGGCUCCUGGAAGCUCAUCGGGCCGGAGGAGUUCGGCAUCUGGCCGGUCAGCGGGGGGCUCAGUAACCUCCUGUACAAGUGCGCGCUGCCCGAGCACAUCCCGAGCGUGGCGGACGAGCCCCGGCAGGUGCUGCUGCGCGUCUAUGGGGCCAUCCUACAGGGCGUGGACUCGCUGGUGCUGGAGAGCGUCAUGUUCGCCAUCCUGGCCGAGCGCGCGCUGGGGCCGCGCCUCUUCGGGGUGUUCCCGCAGGGCCGCCUGGAGCAGUACAUCCCGAGCCGGCGGCUGCGCACCGAGGACCUGCGGGACCCCAGCGUGUCCGGGGAGAUCGCGGCCAAGAUGUCGCGGUUCCACGGGAUGGUGAUGCCCUUCAACAAGGAGCCCAAGUGGCUUUUUGGGACCAUGGAGCGGUACCUGGAGCAGAUCUCGGAGCUGACAUUCCCGGAGCAGGAGCGGCUGGAGAAGCUGGAGCAGCUCCGGGGUUACAACCUGGAGCAGGAGAUGAGGAGCCUCAGGGACCUUCUGGAGUCCACCCCGUCCCCGGUGGUUUUCUGCCACAACGACGUGCAGGAGGGGAACAUCCUGCUCCUGGCGGGCCGCGAGGGCUCCUCGGACCGGCUCAUGCUCAUCGACUUCGAGUACAGCAGCUACAACUACAGGGGCUUUGACCUGGGCAACCAUUUCUGCGAGUGGGCUUACAGCUACGGGCACGACGCGUGGCCCUUCUUCCGCGCCCAGCCCGAGCACUACCCCAGCCGCCAGCAGCAGCUCCAUUUCAUCCGCCAUUACCUGGCCGACGCGCUCGGGGGCACCGCGGGGGACACCGGGCACGGGGAGAGGGCACGGGACGGGCACCAGGAGGAGGAGGAGGAGGAGGAGAGGAGGAUGCUGCUGGAGAUCGAGCGCUUCGCCCUGGCCUCCCACUUCUUCUGGGGCCUGUGGUCCAUCGUGCAGGCCAAGAUCUCCACCAUCCCCCUUCGGGUACCCUGGACUACGCCCAGAGCCGUUUCCAGGGCCUAUUUCCAGCACAAGGCCCGCUGCUCCUGAGGGGACCCCAAAUCCUGACCCCCCCCCGGCACCCCCAAACCCCCCAGGACCCCCCCCCCCCCCAGCAUUUUGGGGC